GUCUCUGUUUCCCAAGUAACAGCUGGGGUGAAGCACGCGCUUUUACCUUGACAACGCUUUGUCAUCUGCAUUAUUCCCAUACUGCGCGCGCUUAAUCGAUAUCGAUGAUAAUUGGAAAUCAACGCACCAUCUCUCAGAUGCCGCUCCGCAAUAUUCAUCCGGGUUAUCAUGCGAAUGAGAAAAGCAGUUGUAUCACUUCUCAUGACUAAGCUCACCUCGCUCGCGCGGCAUGAUCGGAAUCCGUGACGCGUGGCCUGUACCUGCGCGCGAGGAGAGCACAGGUGAUACUGAAUGUUUUAAAAGCAACAUCAGUCAGUGUCGCUUUCAAGUUCAGUUGUUUAUCUCAACAGAGCGUUGGCAUGUUUGUGGUUGCGCGGUUUCAUCGUUCUGCGUCCGAGGAAUCAACGCUGUAAACACGUACAGACAUCGCUGCAAUGGCAAAUUCCCUGAAGGCAAAUGUAACACUGAAGGCAGAGAAGGAUAUCAGAGAGGAGAAAGAGGGAGCUAAAGAAAUGGAUGACACGUUGGAUGAGCCUGCAGAGGAUGAAGAGGAGAGGAAGGCACGGGCCGCAGCAGAGGAGGCAGCAGCCAGAGAGAGAGCCGCUCAGAGGCAGCUCAUGGUGAUAGAGGAGCUGGUGCAGACAGAGAGGAACUACCUGAAACAUCUGCAGCUCUGUACGGUCACCAUCCACAGCAACCUGCAGAAAAUACAGCCUCCUCCCCCAAACCUGGAGAACAUGUUUCAGCACAUAGAUGAAGUGAUGGAUGUUUCCAGCAGACUCCUGAGCCUCCUCGACCAGACGCAGAUUCAUCACAGUGAGCCGAAAUACCUGGAAACUCUCUGUGACUCUUUUCUGAGUCUGUCUCAAGAUAUAGAGAUGGCUUAUAAAGAGUAUCUUGCCAACUACAACAACAUCACUGCUCUAGAGAACAGCUACAAACAGAAAGAGGCGCUGUGGGUGGAAAUGGUCCGAAUCGUCAAGUCAUCUGCUCCUGAUGUGAAUGCAUCCACUCUGAGCUUCUUCCUGGUGAUGCCGGUUCAGAGAAUCGCCCGUUACCCGCUGCUGCUCCAGACCAUCCAGAAACACACAGACCCCGGGCACCCUGCCUACCCCAUACUGGAGCACGCCGCUCACACUGCAGUCCAGAUCAACUGCAGGAUCAAUGAAUACAAACGCUUCCGUGAAGUCGCUGACAAAUACAGGAAGACAGAGAACCUGACCAUCAAGGACAAGAUCAAUCGGCUGAGUGGCCACAGCAUUGCCAAGAAGACGGCCCGGUUCAGCCAGUACAUAAAGCAUGAGACAGGAAUGGUGCCAAAGUUAAAGGAUGAAGAAUUUGAUGCACUUGCUGGCUUCUUCUUUGUCCUGGAGAGGGGCGUCUCGGAGCUUCACGAUAACCUGGAGGCCUAUCUCCACCAUCUGCAGAGGUUCCUCAGCUGCAGACCGGAGGAAGCAGAUCUUGAUCUGGAAGGAGAUAAAACCGCCUUGUUCUCUAAAGAAAUCACAGUGGCACUCAGACAGUGGAUCUACCCCUCAUACGAGGAGCGUUUGAAGACUUUAGUCUUUAAGCCCUUGAGCUCACUGCGGGAACUGAUGGCAGGACCACGUAACCUCAUCUGCAAACGUCAGGACAAGCUUCUGGACUAUGAGCUAAUCGAGGAGAAGAGUAACCUGAGCUUUGAGGAGCAAGCCAUAGCAAACACCUACAAGACCAUUAACACUCUCCUGCUGACCGAGCUGCCGCAGUUCAAUGGCAAAGCCCUGCAGCUCCUGUGGGCCACGCUAGAGGCCUUCAGCUGCCUGCAGAGAGACCUGGCGGCUGAUAUAGAGCAGCUAGCCACCAGCUUCACUAGGCAGCUCCCACACAGUCAUUUGGAGGAUAGCGAGUUCUGGAAGUGGGCAGAGACUUCGGUGCUGGAGGGUUCGAGGAGGAUGGAGAGCCUGUGUCAGAGUGUUCAGGAAGAGCUCAGUGCUCCCAUUGUGCAGGCACUCAAUCCCAUGUGCGAGCGCCGUCUCAAGGCUCUGACUGCCAAACACGGCUCGGAGAAGAUCUACCAGCUGACAGGUCCUGUGGUGGGCACCCGUGACCUUGACCUGACCCUCAACAAGGGAGAGCUGGUAGCUGUGGUCAGUGAGAUGGACACGCGAGGAGACUGUCGCCGCUGGCUGGUUGAUGCAGGAGGCCCAAGGGGUUAUGUGCCUGCCUUAAAACUAGCACGCUACCACCAGAUAACCAUUGACCCGCCGCAGUCUCCUCAUCUGAAGGUCACACCCACCGCUCCAGGACCCCGAAGGCACUCCUACACACCCGGAGCCCAGCCGCUUCCAACCACAAUAACCACGCCCUGUUUCCAGGUGUACGCGGGCUAUGACUUCACUGCGAGGAGCGCUCACGAGCUUUCUCUGAGGGCCGGAGAGCAGGUGCGGGUGGUGGAGCCUCAUGAUAAGCGUGGAAACAAGGACUGGAGUCUGGUGGAGGCGCGUGGCCAGAGAGGCUACGUCCCCUCCAACUACCUCACCAUACUCCCCUCUGUGAUCGCCUCACCCACCUUCCCUUAUCGCUAGAAUAUCCUGGAGAGCACAUCAUCUGCUGCUGAUACGACUCUUCUAGCCAGUAUCCAAACACACACAGACCAUGAGAAACACUUUCCCUGUAGGGCUCUUCAUGCGUGAGGGGGCGGAUGGCUGCUGUUUGAUGCGUCAUUUGACUGGUGUAUGUACUGGAGUGGUGCUUGGGCCCUGCUGUGGAGUGCUCGUCCAUAUACUUGAUCUCCGCUUUGCCCGGGGCUGUUACUGGUGAGAUGGUUUUAUCCAAUGAGAGAAGAGCUGCAGGGGCAGCAGACAUGCUGUUGUAGCACAUGGCUGCUGGUGGAGUGUGCUGUUUCCUACAAUUACCACUUGGUCCAGCUGUCCACUGGAAUGACUCUUUUGGCGGGCCUGGUGCUACAGUACUUUGCUACUGAAGAAAUGGAGAAUAUUUGGGUUUUUACUGCUGAGAAUGGAUCUCAUUUUAUGAGGCAGACCUCUUUUGCACUGGUUUCCAGCCUACUUGAGAUAACUAACAUGCAGACUUGAAGACAAGAUCUUUCAAAACAUUCUUACAGAAUUUUUACUUGUGCAACAUUUUAAUAAUACUUGAUGAUUUUAGUUAUUACAAAUUUUACAGUGGAUCUAACAAGUAUUUGGGACACUUGGGACAUGCUUAAAAUGUAUGAAUGUCAUUAAUGUAUAGAUAACAAAAUUACAAUCCAAGUGACAUUUAUUAUUUUAUUUUUUUAAUGCUCCAACAUAUUUUUAAAGCAGAACAGAACAGAAAGUUUGAUGAAUUCAAAAUGAUAGACUUCUCCAAAUUUAGGCAAAAAAAUUGUCUGAACAAUAUAAUGCCAAUAGCAGACGAUAUUUGACUUUUUUAUGUUUGAUUUAAUAAGUGUUGGAAGGCUUUUAUUUUGACAGUGAUGAAAACACCACACCAGACACAUAAAAGCCUCUGUUCUCCAAACUGGAUGUGGACAGGACAGUUCUGCUGUCACUGAAAGCGCAGGAGUGACAAACUUUAAAUUCUUGAUUUCAAACUAUGCUGCGUUAUAUCCAGCUGGCUGCUAUGCCAUAUUCAUGUCAUAUUGAUUGUGCACUUUAUAUGAAAUUAACAUUGGCUGGUCUUUAUUUAAUAAAAUGUGAUUCCAAGUGCAAACAAACUUUCAAGAUUGCUCAGUGCACUGUUGGUUACAGUGUUUACUUUAUUAAACAGUUUUUUUUAUUUAUGAAAAGUACUGUAAUACAGAAUCAAGUAGUUACAAUAUGAAGUAUAAAUCUCAUUUUACAGAUUUACUUUGAUUAAAUUUUUUCCCAUUUUUUUCAUAUUGACUCCUUUUUGUCUAUUUUUUUCUAAUUUUGUAAAUAUUACCUAAAAUAAUUAUAAAUGUAAAUGCUUUUAAAGAUAUCUGUUUUGAGAAUAAUCUAGAUCAGUCAAUCCUGUCAAAUGUUAGUAGUUCAUAAUUAAUGUGAUGAAAUACACCUAUGGUUAAGGUUUGUUUGCAGAUGCUGGUGGGAUUGAUAUUAACUUAUUUAUGCAAUGGCAUUCCUGCAUUUUUAAUUGUGUCUUAAGUGUCCAAAUACUCUUUGGAGCCGAUGUGUGGUGGAUGUUGAAGACACUGUAACGAUGUUGAAUCUUUAAGUUACUCUUAAUGCUUGCAUGCAGAUUCAGCACUGGCUGCUGCAUUGUGCUUGUAUUGUGACCUCAUAACCUCUGUGAUGAAGAACUCAACCCAUAUCGAAAGAUUCAAGAGUGCAGAUGAUUUGCUGCAUUGUCCGUCAUGAAUCUGCCAGCAGUUGCAUCUGCUGUCCACUAGAGGCACCAGAGCAUCCUCUGUGAAGACUGUAAUGCUACCUUAAUCCUCCAAACAGAGUCAUAUAUUAUUCAUCUGAUCCUCACAAUCGCCUUAACAGGGAUCCAGUGAGAGGCAGUUCAUCUCCCGGCUGCUGUCCUCCUGCUGGUACCAACACCUGAUUAUGGCAUCAUCUGUACAUGUCGCUUUGAAGAGAUAUUUAUUUUAUUUAUUCCAAAUGUCAUUAAAUCGAUUCAAUCCUGAAUUAACCCAUCAGACCUCCUGCAAUCCAUCUCAUAUUUUCACACUUCUGUUAUUCUGAGACGCGUGACCAGAAAUUAUUCAUCAGAAGCAGCAAGCAGCCUCGGCUGAAGGUUUCCGCCUGACCUCUGAGUGCUUUAUUUAUGCCCAGCAGAUUAAAACGCUGACACUAACCAGGUGGAGUAUUUCCAUCUGCUGCAGAGCUUUAUUUUGGAGAUGUGCAUUGGGUUUGAGGCGGCUUUUAGCCCGAGUGCAGCUAUUCCUCUGAGAAUGUGCAAAUGUCACGGCAGGGCUGAUGAUGACUGUGUUUUGUCAUGCUGCAGGCAGAGCAGAGAUGCUGCGGCUCGACGUCCGAGAGAGCGCCGCCUGUCAAUCACUCCUGCUUCCGUCAAGAGCUGCUUGUCAGCAGAGCUUUGAUGCACUGAACCCCUACAGCUAACACUUCCUCUGUGCAACAGAACUCAAAGCUCUAUAAAUAAAUUUCUCUAUUCAAUGGUC